AAGCAGCUGAAACCAAUCAAACGGACAGUAUGUAAGUCUAUCGGCAAUCGUGUUUGAACACGAGCGAUAAGGCCUUUCUGAAAAUCUGCAAUCUAAUGUUUGCUCUAAAAACCGUUGCACCUAUUACUAUCUACGAACAUUUAUUUUUUUAAAUACUACGCCGUUUCCUGGGUUAUAGAAUCGAUCUAAUCCAAGGCCCUGCGUACACAUACAUGUAUACAUGAUCGUUUCGCGUUCGUUUCGUUGGAAAUCAAGUGGCCGCGAACUCAACAAGCGCCGUUUAAUCGCGAGAGAUCCCCCUCGGUCAAUUGCACCGUCGAACCAAUGUCGCAAUCGAGUUAACGCGGUCGAAUUAGAUUUAGCCGUUUACGUUACCGUUUGUGUUCCAGUCGACCCGCUGGCGCCGAUACGGGAACUCGAUCCUUGUUCUCUGGAACGGUCGUUAGCGAAGGAGAAGGAACUGUACGUGGCCUGUCCCACGAAAGAUGAUGGACUCGUUUUCCGAACGCUCUGUCUUCUGCCUAAACCGGACCGUGAUUAUCAGCAAGCACGGAAACGAUCACUUUUUUCGAUAUUCCCACGAUCGCCACAGCACGAAUUAUGGUACAUUCGCGACAGGCGAUGGAAGAAUUUUCUGAAACGUAGCGGUCCCAUCGUGGAUUGCACCAAAAAGGAAGAAGUACAGAAGGUCGACGAUGACGACGACGAUGACGAACCAUGUGGUUUCUUAAAGGCGAGACACAAGUUUGAGAAACCGAAGAGUCUUCCAUUGGGAAACAUAAAUGAUUACACGGUCGAAAAGUUGCAAGAAUCUAGUCAGCACGAUGCGAAACUUAGCGAGAAGCUUAAUAUGGAUCAUCCGAAGAAGUAUAUACCUGGCGUGAUUCAUCGGAUGGAGAAUCCAGACGACACGAGCAUGCAGGAUGCCCUCGAACGAGCGGACGCCUUUAGAGUAGUUUUGAAGAUGCACGAAACCCCUUCGGCGAGUCCACCUGUUGACGAACGUGUUUCCUCGAAAGAACAUCCACGCGUCUCAGCUUGUUGCUGUGAAACGGACGAUGACGUGCAAGUCAAAGCUCCAAAGUAUUUUGGCGAUGAACGAUGGCAACCUCUUCACGAGGAUAUACCUUUUCCGAAAGAGAAUCAUAAAAGGCACGAAGAGCUGCGAAAACUGACCUACCCGUUUUUACACGAGCUGCACACGUGGUAUUCGAAAAACAAGCCAACGAGAUUGAUCGUUCCUCUGCGGUCCCCGGGAAAAAGACCGAUGCCCGAAAUGAGAUUUUCCCAUUUGUAACGUCGUCCGCGUCUCAAAUACGCGUCAAAUAACGUCGUAUAUCAAAUAAUAAUGGCCUAGAAUAAGCGAGCAGCAAACGCAAAGUAAAGAAUUCGCGUUUAACGUUAGCAUUUUACUUAACAUUUACGUGGAAUAUCAAAUUACGCUGUGGAAAGCUACGAUAUGAGAUUAUGUUCAUUUUUCGUUUCAUGCUUGCGAAUUCCAUAGAUAAUGAGAUAGAUUUUUGUGCUACAAUUUAAUGUCUCUUAGUACAGAAUUAAUUAAAAAGACUGGACGAUAAACAUCGGGAAUAAUGGACCAAUCGACGCGUUACAGUAUUUCCUGCUUGUCACAUUCGGCUCGUUUUGCACUUUAUCGAUUGCCCUUUCCACUCUCGGUACUUAUCAAUGAAAGCAUCAACAUUACGCGUGUAUGCGCGACGCACCAUGAAUUGCGAUUAAUUGCGAUAAAAAUUACGAUAUCUCUGUUGAAUUAGCGUUAUUCGUCACCGUCCGUCUGAAAUUUCAUCUUUGCGGAAGAUAAGAGUAAAAUUUAUAUAACUGAACGCAAUACAUUUGCAAUUACAUUGAUUCGUUGACAUAGAGAGCAAUAAUGUUAGAUUAAUAUAACGAUUCGAAUGCCUGAUAGUUUAUUGGCGCAGAUCGUUCAAAACGUGUAAUUAUAUUUCGCUUUAUUCGCACGUGAUUAUGUUACGUAGCUGUGGACAUGCCGGCCAGGAUUUCAUCAUAAAAUUUUUCCCACGUAUUCGCUGAACGAACUUCACCACGCAAGAACCACUCCUCCAACGGCAAAUAUUAAUUCUGUUAGCCUCGGUUACACUCAAUUAAAUUCGAUAA